AUGGCGAUGAUGACUGGCCGUGUGCUGCUGGUGUGUGCCCUCUGCGUGCUGUGGUGCGGUGCCGGCGGUGGUGGACGAGCUGAAACACCUCGUCCAGCUCCUUCGGGCACUACGCCCGAAAAGAGCACUAAAAACGAUAAUGCGACCGUCGUUGACGCUGAAGGAGGUGUCAAAAGCGGUAAACAGGAAGAGCUACAAGCACCCACACCAACGGGGUCAGAAUUACAGGCAGCGCCAGCGAAAUCAUUACAGAUAACGGAACCAGGAGGAGAAGCAUCAGAAACAACAAGUGCAACGAAGGACAACAACGAUCAAAAUAAAAAAGAUAAAAAGAAGGAAGAGAAGGAGGAAGAGAAUGAUAGAAGGGAGGACGGAAAGGAUGAUAAGAAAGAAAAGGAGGAGAUAAAGAAAGAAAAAGUUGUUACCGGCACCGCAGAGGAGAUGUCAGCAGACAGUGAAGAGCCGCGAAGUUUAUCUUCGGGUGCGGCAAGAGCAUCGAAUAAAACAAAUCCCAACAGCACAACAACAACUGGAGACGAUGAUCCAGCAGCUGAUGGUGCAGGGACAGCAGAGGGAAAACGAAAUGAAAAUAAAGAAGCCGAUCCGAAGGAAACACCAGUCGAAGCCACAGCCAUGAACACUGCAACGGCGACGACUGGCGACGGUGACGGCAGCACCGCGGUCUCCCACACCACCUCCCCUCUUUUGCUUCUUCUUGUUGCGUGGGCGGCUGCGGCUGCGGCUGCGGUGGUGGCUGCGUGA